AUGUCUACUAUUAUUCAAAAUUCUACGGGCAAUACUGCUUCUGUUACAUCCACUUCUGCAUUAGAUGAUAAUAAAAAAAAUGACGCUAUUGUUAUCACUAUUAGUGACGACGACGAUGAGAACAAAAUGACAAUCAAACCGCAUCAUGAUGAUGAAGAAAGUACUAUAACUACAACUUCUGAUCCAAUCACUGUAUGUGAAGCACUUCGUCAACAAAAUGAUGCUCUUCGACAAGAACUUCAUGAUAUACGACGAGAAAUGGAUGAAAUUACAGAUCAAUUUCGUACAGAAGAUGCUGAAGAAUUUAAACAACUACAAGCAGAACUUGAAAUUGCUGCUAAAAAUUGUCGUAUUCUUCAAUUCAAAUUACGUAAAGCAGAAAAACGAAAUGAAAAUAUGGAAGCUGAAAAAGCAACAUUAGAAGAGAAAAUUCAACAAUUAACACGUAAUAAUCAUCGAGUUCGUGAUCUUGAUGAAGAAUUAUUAAUUGCAAAAGAAGUUAGUGUUCGAUUACAUAGUGAACUUGAAAAAAGUGAAGAAUCAAGAAUGAUAACAGAAAAAUUAAAUAUGGCACUUAAACAACAUUUAGAUACACUUAAAGAAUCAUUUGAUCAAAAAUUAUCAGCAGAAACCAAUGAUGAUUAUCAUGCUUGGCAAUUAUCUGUUUAUUUAUAUGAAUCACUUUUUCGUGAAUAUAUACUUAUGGAAGAAUUAACAUGGUUAAAUUCAAAUGCAAGUAAAAAAAAUCUUAAUAAAAAAUCUUCAACAAAUAUAAAUGGACAUGAUGUAUCAGAUUUAAUGAAUUCAUAUCAACAAAAAAUUUCUAUACUUAAUGAUGAAAUCAAUCAACUUAAACAAGAUAUUACUAAUCGUGAUAAUGAAUUAUCACAAUUACGUAUACAAAAUAAAAUAUUAAAACAACGUAGUCGAAGUGUUGAUAGAACAACAAAUUCUAAUAGUAAUAAUUAUUCAAAUGAUGAUGGAGGAAAAGAUUCGAAUCGUUCAAGACGUGGUGUUAGUGUUGAUGGUGGUGGAAAUUUACGUGAACAAUUAGAUACAGCAUUAGAUGAAAUUCGUUUAUUAAAAAAUAAAUUAUUAAGAUUAGAAGAUGAAUUAAAUAAUUCAGCUUUGGAAAAAGAAACACUUUUAGUUAAACUUGAUGAACAAUCUAAACAAACUGUAGAUGCCACAAUUCAUGAAGACCUUCAUUUAUUUACUAAUAAAAUUGAUAAUCUGAUAACAUUUAUUAAAGAAAAUAAAUUAGAUGAUAAAAUUAUUAAUGAUUUACAACAAUCAUUACGUUCAUCUCGAUGGAAUAAACAAAUUCUUGAUGAUCAAACGCAACCAACAAUUAUCAAAACAAAUCAACAAACAUCAGAAAUCUUUCAACAAGCAAAUGAAUUUUUAACUCUUUUACAAAAUAAACAUGAAAUACUUGACAAAAUUCGUUAUCGUUUAACAAAUUUAACCUAUGAUGCAAAUGAUACAUGUACAUUAUUAGAAGAACUUGAUACAACUAAACAUGAAUUAGAAGAAAAACAACAACAAUGUUAUAAAUUACAAGAAACUAUUGAUAAUUUUCAAAUGUCAUCGACAACAUUGGAAGAACAAAUUCAAAAUCAAUUAAAAACAAAUCAAACACUUGAAAAAAAUCUUGAAAAACAAAAAUCCAUAAAUAAUGAUUUACAAAAAGAAAAUUCACGUUUAUCAACAUUAAAUGCUAAACAAUUACAAGAUUUACGACAUAUUGAACAAUUACGUCAAUCUAUCAUAACAUUUGAAAAAAAACUUGAUCAAAAACAAACACGUGUUAAUGAAUUAUCAAUGAAAAUUAUUGAAAAAGAAGAUAUUAUUGAAACAAAAGUAAAAGAAUGUCAAAAACAUCGAUUAGAAUUACGUGAACUUGAAACAAAAUAUUAUACAUUAGGAAAACAAUUAGAAGAACAAAUUGCUGGAAUGACUAUAGAAAUUGAAAAAUUAAAUGUUGAAAAAGAAAUGUUAAAAUUUGAUCUUGAAUCUUUACGAAUAAAUCAACACAAUGAACGACCAAAAUCAAUAGCAGUAGAAGAUGAAAUAGCUCGUAUUAAAGCUGAAUGUCGUCAACAGAUAAUGGAUGGUGAAAUUGAAUCAUAUAAACUUCGUAUAAAUCAAUCAAAUAAUGAAAAAGAUGAAUUAUUAAAAAUAAAUAAAGAUCUUGAAAAGAAAUAUAAAGAAUUACAAAUAAAAUAUGAUGCUGAUGAACAAUCAUGGAUGCGUGUUAAAGGAGAUAUGUCUGAAAAACAACGCAAAUAUGAUGAUAGUAUUAAAAUAAAAUCUGAAUUACAAAAUGCUGUUGAUCGUCUUCGUCAAAAAUUACAUGAUCUUGAACUUCAUAGUCAAGAAAAACAAAAUAAAUAUAAUAUUGAUAAACAACAAUGGGAAACACAACGACUUGAAUUAACUGGAAAGAUAAAUGAAUUAGAAGAACAAUUAUCUAAAGUAACAAAACGACAACGAAAAGAUCUUGAUACAGCAUGGAAAAAAGAACGAAAUGAUUUACAAAAACAACUUCAACAAUCACAACAAUUAAUAAAAGAUUUACAAAAACAAAUAACUAAUCGAGAAGUACCAAUACAUUUAACAGAAAAAAUAAAUGUUUUAAUGACAGAAAAUGAAUUAUUAUUAAGUAAAAUAAAAGAACUUGAAAUUGUUGUUGAUGAUGUUAAAUUACUUAAAACUGAAAUGCAACGUUUACGUGAUAAAAAUUCAUCUGAUUGGAAUUAUUGGAGAAAACAACAAAGUGAUUUAUAUGCACAAUUAAGACAACAACAUAAUAUUAAAGAAUCAAUCUUAUACAAAUUUGAUCGAUUACAAAAACAGAUUAAAUCUGCUGGUGGUGAAAAUAACAAUCGUCUUGUUCGUGAUAUCAGUGUUGGUCCAUUAUCAAUAAAUAGUUUUCAAAAUGAAGCGGCAACCAAAACAAGUUUAUCAAAUUUUAGUCGUGAAACAUUAGCUGAUGAUAUUGAACUUCCACAUGGAACAAUUGAUGGAGGAGCUGCUAGUGCUGCUAAUGAAAUAGUUGGUCAAAUGGAUGAUUCAAUUAUAUUACAAGUAGCAAUGAAUGAUAAUGAUAAACAACGAAUGUUUAAUAAAACUUAUUCAGCACAAGAAAAUACAGCAGCCAGUAUUGAAGAAAUUGCAAGUAAGAUUGAUCGUGUUGAAGAUCAUCUAUUUUCAUAUCGACGUUUUAUGGAUUUUAUUCGAGCAAAAUCUGAAAAAAGCGCAUCACUUGCUCGUGAUGAUAGUUUUACAAAUAUAGUAAAUUCAUCUAAUGCUUCAACAGCUUAUAAACGGUUAGCUUCUGCUCCACCGGAAAAUAAUCUUCCGACAUCUUCAAAUACAAAUUCACGUCGAUCUCGAUUCGAUGCUAAUACAAAUAGUAGUCAUGAACAUUUACCAUUAUUAACAUCAUCUAUAGAUGAUACUAUCAUAUCUGAUGUGAUGUCAAAUUCAGUAACAGCAACAACUAAUGGAAGUGGAAUGGGUACAUCAAAAAAUCGAUUUUUUUCAUUAAGUCGUCGUUUUCGUUUUCGUGUACAAUCACCAGAUAAAGAAGCACAAACAACAACAACAACAACAACAACAACAACAACAACAACAACAAUACAACCAGCAUCUGUUCAUUUUCUUGAUGAAGAUAUUGAUUUAGAAACUAAAGAACGAACAACAAGAAAAUCCGAUCAAAAUCGACCAUCAAAAGGAAUAUUAAAAGCAUUAAGACAUCGUUCACCAUUUCGUUUUCGUUCAAAAGAUGCUGUUAUUCCUGAACAAGAAUCAUCACCACCAUCACCACAACCUAUACAAGUACCUUCUUCACCAGCACCAUCUGUUUCAUUGCCACCAACAGGUGCAUCAAAAGACAAUCGCCCAAAAAUACCACCACCUGCUCCUACAUCUGCUCAAACUAAACAACGAGGUCGAUUAGUUGAAUUAAAAAAAGCUACACCAAAAUCAUCAUCAUCGAAUGGUACCUCAAGUCGUAAACCUGUUAAUAUAACAUCAACUACAGAACAACCAACAGGCACAACAUUAGUUAGACGUACAUCUGGUUUAAAAGAUCUUAUACAUAAAUUUGAAGCAACACCAUCUGAUCGACCACCAAAACCUAAACGAGUUACAAUGGAUACUAAUAUGUCAAAUGUUCCUUCAAUAGAAAUUAGUCAAGAUGAACAAAUUAACAGAGGAAUUAGUCAUUUAGAUGUUCCCAUUGAUGAUCAACAACGUACUUCAACACUUUCUUCGAUCAAUAAAUCAAAAACAAUUGAUAUUCCGGAUCUAUUACGAAAUGUUGCCAAAGAUCCAACAACAACAACAACAACAUCAUCAUCGUCAUCAACAACAACAGCAGCAAAAGCUAUUUUAAGACAUUCAAAUUCAAGUCGACAAACAGCUUCAUUUGAUUCAACUGUAAGUAUGGUUAGUACAAGUGAUUCUAUUUUAACAACGAACAGUAGUACAAGAAGGCCAACAUCAACAGCAAGACCAUUAAUGAUUUCUCUUAGCAAAGAUGAAUCAUAG